AUGGGCAUCGAUAAAUUUUGUUCUGUGUCUUUUGUGUCGAUUCAGACACUAAAUUGCCCGAUCCAGCUCGGCAUCGCGCCGCUGAUCGCUGUCACGUACUCCGCCUCCCGCCUCCUCCACCUGCACCUCCGGCACCGCGGUCUAGCUUGGCACAACGCACCGCCGCUACCGCGUACGUACUCCGCCUCCACCACCUCCACCUCCGGCGUCGCAGUCCGCCUCGGCACGGCGCGCCGGUGGUCGCACGAGGCGCUCGCCAGCACGCUGCUGUUCUACUAUGCGCACGGCGUCGUGCACGCACCCAACCCCAAGGACCUCCUCCUUGCCAUCCCCAAGCUGGAGGCCACCGUGUGGAGAUGGUCACAUGUGCGGUGCUUGUCGUCCACAAGCUCCUCGGAACACAAUGACCACUUCGUGUGCAUUUCCAACCCGGUGUACGAGCGACGCGGCCAGAUGCCCACGACCACCAGUGGGGACACCCAGUCGUUCGAGAUGCCGAGCAAGUCGCUGUCACCAUUUGGGAUUACGGAGGAAGACGAAGAGGAGGAGUUCUCGCCGCCGUUGUCAGCGAUGAGGAAGCUCCCGCCAUUAGGCGUCGUGGCAUGUCCCCCACCGGCGCUGAGCUUCGUUGAUGACAGGUCGUCGCUGAAGGUGACCGACACGAAUCAGGCCUCCUCCUCCUCGUCCAAUCUCACAGUUCACUUCUUCUCUUCGUGUUCAUCGAAGUAAGAGAUUCAGAUAUCACUCAUUCACUGGUAUGGUGUAGUGUGAGUGAUGUGCUUGUUACCUAGAGCUUGAUUUGAUUAAUUAUUUUGCUCUCUUGGCUUAAUCAUAUUGUGCACCGAUUUUCUCAGUACUCCGAUUUUCUCAAUACUGCUAGUGUUUGGAUAUUUCAUCUUGUUGAAUAUGCUAGCUAGAAUUGGGUUGCCAGAGAAGGGAGGCGAUGGAGGAGCCAA